AUGAUACAUUCGGUCCUGAUAUUUAACAAGAAGGCACAACCCAGAUUGGUCAAAUUUUACACUCCCGUGGAAUUGCCUCAACAAAAGUUGCUGAUAAAACAGGUCUAUGAGUUGGUAUCUCAUCGAAACAGCGAUUUUCAAAGCUCGUUUCUGACAACUCCACCUUCACUUCUUCGGUCUGGUUCUGAUGAUUUGGGCGAAGAUGGAGGUAUUCAGGUCAUAUACAAGAAUUACGCAACUCUGUACUUCACUUUCAUCGUGGACGACCAAGAAUCGGAAUUGGCUAUUUUGGAUCUGAUCCAGACGUUUGUGGAGUCCCUAGACCGGUGUUUCACGGAAGUCAACGAAUUAGACCUUAUAUUCAACUGGCAAACGCUUGAGAGCGUGCUGGAGGAAAUCAUUCAGGGAGGAAUGGUUAUCGAGACGAGCGUGGCCCGAAUAGUUGCUGCCGUUGACCAACUGAACAGAAGUGCCAGCACAGAGGGUAGAACUAGUCGGUUCUCGGGUGCUGGUCUCGGUAACGCCCUGCAAGCAUUUGCACAAACCGGGUUCUCCACAUGGGCCUCGAGCCAAUGA